ACAUUUUCCCUUGGUUUGAUAGACCAAAAUGUUCAUCAAAUAUUGACUUGAUAUAUUCUUUCAAAUCUCCUGAAGGAAUAUAAUAUUUGGCCAUUGCCAAUAACAAGAAGGUUAAUCUAAUCUAACUGACUACAAACUACAAGAAAGGAGAAUACAACAUACAACACGUCACUUGAAAAUAUUUCAUUGAUUUUUGGAAAACUAAAAUAUGAGCUUUUUGGUGCUUCCACUGCAUCAUUCAAAUGAAACUCAAUCUUCCAGUUCCGCACUUGAGAAAAGUAUACCUGAAAAGGACCUGAAAAAGCCCUAUCAAUUACUUUCCAAAAACCAAUUUCCUGAAAAAUGCGCGGUUUGUAAAAAUGCUGCUAUUGGAUAUCAUUAUAACGUUCCUUCUUGUAACGGAUGUAAAACCUUUUUUCGGAGAACUAUCUUGAAUGGAAAGCGAUUCAUUUGUAUGAACCACAAAAAUUGUUUGGAUGAAAUCGAAUCUGAUGAGAGUCAACGACUGUGCAAAGGGUGUCGAUUUGCAAGAUGCAUUGAAGUUGGAAUGGAUUCAACUGCAAUUCGUGCAUCAGUGAAAACAGUAGAAGGAAAAUAUUUGUUGGAAGAAGUGUUAAGAAAACAGAAAAAUCGUAAAAUACAGAUGCAACAAAAAGAUAAUUUUCUGUCAUUAAUCAUCAAACAACUUUCACACCUGGAGGAUCAAAUAGAAAAACUUCAUUUUUCGACAAUUCCAGAUGGAUUUGAAGACAUGCGUUCAUUAUCUGAAAUUCUUCUAUACAACCCAGUAUUUGAUUCAAGCCGGAUCCCGAAUCUUACACCAGUUUCUAACAAGGCACCUAAACUGAUAUGUAUGACGUAUAUGCACAGUGCACUUUUGGCAGCUGUUGAAGCUUCCAAGACAUUUGAGUUUUUCUCGAAAAUCAGUCAUGAAGCCCGAAUGAUUUUAAUCAGACAUGUGUCUUUAAUUGGAUCAAAUAUGAUGAGUGCAUCAUUUUCAAUGCAUCAUAGAAAAUCGGAUGAAUUACUUUUACCGGACGGUACCGUUUUUGGAAGUAUAGGUGGAUGCUUGGCUUCAGAAGUUCUGGGAGAAAUAAAAUAUAAAAAUCAACUGCAACAAAUACUCCAUGCCUUCUUAAGAAUUAAUGUUGAUCGGGUUGAAUACAUGAUUCUCAAAGCCAUACUAAUGAGAAAUCCAUCUGUCCCUGGUCUCACAUUGGAUGAUCAGCUUAUCAUUGAAAAUGAACGGAACCAAUAUGCAAAAGCUCUACUUGAAUACACUAUUCUUCAUCAUGGCGUUCUUUCUGGUCCUGCUCGUUUUGGUUCAUUGAUUGCUAUUAAUCCAAUAAUUGAAACACAAUCGAAGAAGCAAAAAGAUGUUUACGUAUUCAUGAAAACACUUAGUGCACAACGAGAAUGCUCACAUCCGCCUAAAAGUUUAUUUGAUGAAGUCAUGGAUUCGUGAAUUACCGUAUUUCUUCUAUUAAUAUGGCUGCAAUACUAUUUUUCGAUGGCCUUCCCGCUUGCAAUACUAAUAGGGAGUGCAAGACUAUUAGGGAGUGCAAUACCAAUUUUCAGAACAUUUUUCUGACUUUGAGCUUACUAGUUUUUUUCUGAAAAAGCUCGAAUCUUAUGUAAAAAUUCAGAAAAUUUGAUUUUAAUUGUAACAUAUAAGUUCAAAAACUUCAAUCUCGUAGAAAUGUUGUGAAAAACUGUUGCAAAAUAGGCAAAUUUUUUUGUUGAAAUCCUGAAGUUAACAAGACGGGCCUGCAAUAAAAAAGAGUAAACGCAAGGCUAUUAGAGAGUGUAAGACUAAUAGGGAAUGCCAUACUAAUUUUCGGAAGGUCUCCGAGGGGCAAUACUAAUAGGGAGUGCAAAUCUAAUAGGGAGGCCAUAUUAAUAGAAGAUAUACGGUAAUGAAUAAACUAUUUGAUUAUACAUGUUUUUUUUUCUGAAAAAAUGAAUAUCGUUUGGAGUUUUCCGCUAAGCUAAACUGGCAAUGGACUCCUAUUCAACAUAUUCAAUACAGUAAUUUCUGAUCUAUUAUGAACCACGUGAAUAAAUUCUCGUUCUGUACGUA